AUGACCAAACUUCUUCUCAUCAUUGCUAUUGUUUUUGCCGUUGUUGCGGUGACUUCGAGUAUCGAUUGUUAUGCUGGAGUUCCCAACGCAUAUCUUGUCAAAACUGGCUUUGAUGCCUGUUAUUCAUGGGUAGUUGGCAAUAAUAUUGUUAUGAAAGCUGGCGCUACUGGAUAUACAUGCGCAAAUGCACCAUCUCAUUACAAAUGCUGCUCAACUAACCUUUGUAAUGCGUAA